AUGGUUAUCUGGCGGAUGGUCGAAGGGCCACUUCACCCCACGGUACGCGCAGAGGCAGGGAGAACAGCCUGCGCGCGACGGAAUGGACGCCGAUGGGCUGCUGGCGCUCAUGACGUCACGCGCUCGAUCCCGGCCCCAGAUUCCCGACUUCUCGUGCCGUUCGUUCUCGCUCUGGCGUGUUUCGACUCCUUCCCUCUCACCACCACCUUCGCCCUCUCCCCGCCGUCGCCCCCUCUCCGCCGUCGCCCCUUCGCCACGCGUCCUCGACCUAUUUGCACCGCCGAGGCGUCGAUACCGUCUCCGCAAUGCGACAGAUAUACUGUCAGGCCUACGCUUCCGGGGCGGUAUCCUGCACUACCACUAACAUUUUUUGAUGGGAGAUCCUACUCGCCAAGGAUCAGGAAUGUCGAGCUUCUGUGUGUGGGGCGACGCGACGCGUCGGCACGGCGUUCGUGCUCGUAG